UAUUAUUGUCAUAAGGUAUGAAUGAACGUAGUGUUUAUGCUUAAAUACGUCUUCUUGGUACGAUGACAUAUACGUAUCAUUAACAGAAUAAAAUGUAUAAGAACAUUGUAUAAGAAAAUAUUGUGAAUAGUAAAAAUUCAGUUAUGGCAACUGAAGUAAAAGAUCGUUCGAUAGGAAUGAAUGAAAGAGAAAAUGGCAAUCCACGUGCUAUAUUUUAUAAAAAACCUAUUAAAAAGGACAAUUAUAACCUGGAUGUAGAUAAUAUUGAUACUGCUCAAGAAAUAAGACGUCUGCGUUUGCUACAGUUUCAAAAAAAAUGUAGAGAUAUUACAUUUAAUAAUGGACGAAGAAUAUUAGAGCAAUCCUUUCAUUCCGAAGAAGAUGAAUUCGAAGACGAUAUGGAAAUUGACGAAAGCAAAGAAAAAAACUAUCAUUUAUCUAAACGAUAUAAAUAUUAUGCAAAUCAAUUAAUGAUGUCCGAAUGGAUGUUAGACGUACCUCAAGAUCUUUUAGAAAAAUGGAUUAUAGUUCCUUGUCCGCAAGGCAAAAGAACUUUAGUAGUCGCAUGCAAAGGUGUAACUAAAGCAUAUAGUAAACAGGGUAAUCGACUUGGUAAAUUUUAUUCGGCGCUUCCAGGUGGUAAUCCGUAUGGUCACAGAGGCAGUUGCACUAUUAUUGAUUGCAUUUGGAUGAAACAGCAGAAGAUAUAUUACGUUUUAGAUGUACUCGCAUGGUCUAAUCAAUCUUUAAUGAAUUGCGAUACUGAAUUUAGAUUUUUCUGGUUACAAUCACAAUUACAGGAGAUAAAAGAAUUACGAGAAAGAGAUACGUAUGUAAAUACAUUUCCAGUAUUAUCUUUGCCAAACAUCAGUUGCGAUACUGACAUAAGUUCAGCGUUAGCUAAUCUUUCAAAUUUACAUCCCUUGGAUGGAUUACUAUUUUAUCAUCGUGAUGGACAGUACACAAAAGGUCGUACUCCACUUGUAACCUGGUUAAAACCUUUUAUGUUAUCUGAAGUACUUGGUAUUCUUGUACCAGCUCUGUUUGACGAAAAACCUGAUGGAUACAUAGAUUUUAAAUGUUAUAUUCUUAACGGUAGAGCUAAAAAAAGGAAGGAAAAGUCAGAAAGUCGAAUGGAUACAGCGAGUGAGAAUUCUUAAAAGUAAAAUUUUGUUUUACACGUACAAACGAGCUCCUUACAGAAGUGAAAUUUAAUUAAUAUGAAAAUACAUUUAGGACUUUAAUGAUACUACAUUUUAUACAUAUAUAACUUCCUUUUACAAAAAGUAGUUAUGAAUGUCGACUGUAAGAACAAUAUUUAUACUAUACA